ACCACCAUUAAUGGCACCUCCUCCUCCUCCUCCUCCUCCUCCUUCUCCUUUGAUGGUGAAGCUACGAACCAUCGAGACGUGCGGCGUAUCACCGCCGGAGGGCUCCGUCCCUCCGAGCACCGUCCCCCUCACCUUCUUCGACGUCUUCUUCCUCCACGCUCGCCCGAUGGAGCGCCUCUUCUUCUACCCCUUCCCCCACCCCACCUCCCACUUCCUCUCCUCCUUCCUCCCCUCCCUCAAAUCCUCCCUCUCCCUCUCCCUCCGAUCCUUCUUCCCCCUCGCCUCCCUCCUCCGCCCCUCCCCCGACGCCUCCGACCGCUUCGAGCUCUUCUUCUCCGACGCCACCUCCCCCGGCGUCCGCUUCACCGUCGCGGAGUGCUCGGACGCUCAAAACGCCGCCGGCCUCUUCGACCACCUCGCCGAUGGCCGCCCGCGCGGACGUCGGCCAGCUCCGGGCGCUUCGUGCCUCGUCGUGCACGCCCGACUCCGCCGAUCCCAGCCGUUGCUCGCCGUUCAGGUGACCGUGUUUCCGCACCAUGGCGUCGUCGUUGGGACCACCAUGCACCAUGCGGCCUGCGACGGCAGCAGCUACACACUAUUCCGACAAACGUGGGCCGCCGCCGCCCGCCGGUGGUCCGGCGACAUCUCCCUCGACGCACACCCCCUCGGCCCCGUCGUCGACCGGUCCCUCGUCCCCGAUCCUCACGGACUGUACUCGCUUUUCUACAAAACAGUCGCCGGCAAGUCCCCCAUCCCGGCGCCCGCAUCCUCCCCUGCCGACGUAGUUCUCGCGUCAUUCACUAUCAAAAGCAGCCACAUCAAAGCCCUAAAAGCGGCUUUCCGGUGCUCGACCGUGGCGGUAACCUUCGCCUUUACGUGGAUCAACUACGUCCGGGCGAGAGAACUGGCGAAAAGAAACGACAAGGUAUAUCUUGCAAUUCCUGUGGACUUCCGCAGCCGGAUGCGGCCCCCGCUCCCUGCGGAGUACUUUGGAAACUGCAUCGGGCCAUGCUACGUCGAGGCGGAGGCCGCAGACCUAUCCGGCGCGAACGGGCUCACGGCGGCCGCAGAAGCCAUAGACAGAGCCAUAAAGAGUGUGGCGAGCGCAGGAUUCGAAGGCGCAGAGCCGGAGAAGUGGCUUGAGACGAUCAGGGGCCUGCCCGCGGAGGCAAUUCUGACCGGUGCGGGGUCGCACCGGUUCGGAGUUUACGACACGGAUUUCGGGUGGGGGAGGCCGGCGCACGUGGACCUCAACUCCGUCGCGAGGACGGGCGUUGUCGCGGUGGCGGAGAGCGGCGAGGAGGAGGGAGGGGUGGAGAUUGGGUUGGCACUUCCCAGAAAUCAGAUGGAUUUGUUCCAGAUUUACUUUGCGCAAGGCCUUGGCCGUCUGGAUGGUUGAAUGCAAAUUUAGUUGAUUUCUGAAGUCUGGCUUCAGUUUCUGCUUGCAGUUGCCGCAAUCUUUAAGUUGGAUAACUGUCUUCCCUGUUUGAAACUUCAGCUAAUAACCAGCGAAACAAGCUUGAUUUGGUUUUA